AUGGCACUGGAAGCGCGAGCCAGUAGUGCCGCCACUAGUGAAGCGCCACGCCCGUCUUCCCCUCACUUUCCUCCCCCACCCGUCUCCCCUCAGCUCUUUCCCCACCAAUCUCCCUUCACCCAUCUUUCCCCCACCUAUCUUCCCCACCCGUCUCACUUCACCCUCUUCCCCCCACCUAUCACCCCCAACCCACCCGUCUCACUUCACCCAUCUUCCCCCCACCUAUCUCCCCCACCCGUCUCCCUUCACCCAUCUUCCCCCCACCUAUCUCCCCCACCCGUCUCCUCCCCCUCCCCCCCUCUCCUUUUUUCUUUCUAUUAUCACCCCCAGGUCAUUUUCUCCCCUCCCCACUUAUCUUCCCCCACAGUUUUCCUCCCACCUAUUCCCCCCAACCCUACGCACCCAUCUUCACCCAUCUCUCCCGCGUGCACGCAUCAGGCGCUGGCAGGGCUGGUGACAGUGUUAGGGGGAGUGCGGGAUAACCCGCGGGGCGUGGGGGAGUGCAUGAGCCAGCAGCGGUACGUGCAGUUCACACACGCCACUGUCGCCGCGCGGCCAUGGGUGCAUGCUGUCAUCUACCUCCUCCUCCUCAACCACACCGACAGGGCGGAGUACGAGCGGCAGAUGCGGUGCGGAGUGGUGGACUUCAUGGAGCGCCCGCGCCCCCCAGCGGAGUGGUACAUGCCCAUGCGCUACUGGUUCAGUGACACCGCGCUGCUCGCCACCACGCCCUGCAAGGACAUGCGCACCAACCCCUCCUUCGGCCCGCAGCUGGGCGGCAUGGUGGAGCGCGCGGAGAGCUGGCUCACCACGCCCUACGUGCUCGACAAUGGCAACGCUGGCAUCGCUGCGUUCCGUGCCUGCCUGCCACUCGCAUGGGUGUGUUGGGUGGGGCAAUGGGGGCAACAGCAUGUGUGGGUGGUGUUACGAUAA